GCCCAGGGAGUCGCGCCAAACUUGAUCCUGACUUUCAUCUUCACGAAUGAAACUGAAUCCAGUCAUUGUCUGCCCUGAAAUUCCCUAACACAGAGAUCAAUCCUCCACUUUCUCCCUCCCUAUCAUCAAUCAACUGCCAGAAGAUAUGUUUUUUGAUCAUCUCGGCGUACGACCACCUAGUCCAGAAAUUCGUUUUUGUCGCUGGGGUUUCGCGUGCACCAGAUCGUUUUGUUCCGGCGAAGAACUCUUGCAACACAAUUUAGCGGAACAUGUGCACACUGCGGUGCCAGUCUAUCCUCAUGAACUACCAAUGCUACGCAGAACGGCAGAAGGGAUUGGAGAAAGUUAUGAAACAGAGCAUUUCCUGUCGCCCGUGCCUCGGUCAGCUAAAGGAGAGGGCAGUUCUCAAGGCGGCAAGAACUAUAGUCAGGAUUCCGGACCAGCGGCUUCUCUCCCUUCUCCACCUGUCUCUUUAUCCUCACGUCCCGGAGGACGUGCAGACGAUGAAUAUUCAAUACUUUCGGGAUCCGAAUCGCCUCGUAGCCAAGCUCAGGAGCCCUCACCUAUGUUCUACGAAGAUUUGGAUCACCGUGACUUCAUGGCCCAAUCCACUCAUAUCCUAUUGUCUGACGCUCUUGAGCCACCAAGCCCUGGAUUUGCUUCCCUCGAUGCAUCAACCGGGUCGCCGAGACCAGGCUCCAUACCUCCGUCACCUUCAUUCUCUGAUAUCCUCGCAAGUAGCACACAGAAAGGUCUUGCAAAACCUCAGUCACCCAUACCAAGCCGUCUUUUAGCCCACACGCUCUCGUACGAUUCAUCUUCAUCCUCAAACUCGUGCGCCAUAGUCGAAGAGCAACUGACACCAGACGAUGACUUUUUGUUUGACGAAAACAGAGACAGACUCAGUCAAAGUCUUCCUGUUGCGGGAGAAGAGUCUGAUCAUAGUGAUUUUUCUCAAGGAGUGCACGAACUGGGUGCCUCUCAGAUGUUUCCCACCCAGCAGCCAGAAGAAACAGAAUCUCAAAAUUCGCAUCAGACUCGCCCACCAUUCUUACAUGUACGCGGUGUACAAAAUACUACACUUUCAUCCUCAACAUCUUCACAGCUACCUCCCCCUGAGGUUGCAGGGCCUACGCGAAAACAAUCCUGGUAUGGGCCAACAACGCGCCCUCGGAAGCGGUCGCGAGGCAGCAAUUUGUCCCCAUCAGUAUCACCAGUAAACACACCUGCUGCUUCCCCGCAUGGGGUGACUGCCUUCGCCGUAUCUUCUAGUUCCAGUAGGUCAAGACGCACUCGUGGAAUACUCGACCAAGCGACACCUCAUCGCAUUCGUGACGACCCCUCUCACUCUGGUCUUUAUAGAAAACGCUACAAGGUCAACUCCUCUACAGAUCCCGAUGAUGCCAAUUCGCGUCUGCCAAAAAUCCGAUACAAUAUGCCCGCGCAGCGUUCCAGUCAUGAUGAAGAUUGCGAUGCUGACGUGUCGCAAAUGCAGACGGAAACACAGCUCACGAUGUCUCCUGCGAUUCAACAAGAACCAUCGUAUGGCAUGUACGAUUACGCUAUACAGACUCAAGCACCGUAUGACAGCCAGUCGUAGUACUGCCUCUUGGCAACUGCUUCGGAAUUGCUUCAUUUCUUUCGCUGCUUUAAUCCGCAUGUUAUGGUCUAAUAAUUAUGUAUAACUUUACCGCAUUGCGUACGUGGCAUGUCAAAUCUUCAUUGCCCUCUCUCUCUACACUGAUAUAUAGUCCCCUCGAGCACUUUGUAAUAAAUGUCUAAAUGAAAGGGUGUCGGACAUACCAACUUCGA